GAAACAUUUCGUUAAGAUAAAAACAGCUUCAGAAUGGGAGCGGAAUGCUUAUGGAAAACUCAAAAGUGGCAGAAGAUCUUUUUUCUUCUCUCAGUAAUGAUUUUACACAAUGUGGAACCAAGAGCAUUGUUAUCAGAUAUAAAUUGCAUUGUCUACAAUGAGGAAUUCAUGGAGUGUACAUGGAAACACAGUGAAGGGGAAACAAAUUGUACCCUGUAUUACUGGUAUGUCGCACAACCAGCAGUGGAAUGUAGGAACUACAUUCAGCAGGGUGGCUAUAACGUUGGAUGUAAUUUCUCAGCCAGUGACAUUAUACAAUUCAAAGACUUCCACGUUUUCAUAAAUGGAUCCAGUGAUUCAGGAAACGUUACAACAAAAAACGGAAAGUUUCAGCUUCAAGACCAGGUGCAACCCUUUCCACCUGGAAACCUGAGAGUCAAUACUACAGAAAACAAUGGUCUCCUCCUGAAAUGGGACGCUCCAAUGCGCACAGAGAGAUGUUUGGAAUAUGAAAUCAGGCACCGGAAUAAUAAGGACAAGGAGUGGCAGAAAGUAUCGAUCACGGUGCAGACAAGGUUUAAUUUGGCGAGUGUGGAUCCAAUGAUGCUCUACACCUUUCAAGUGAGAAGCAAGAUUAACGUAUAUUGUGGCACAACUGAGCUGUGGAGUGAGUGGAGCCUCCCUGUUUCCUGGGGAAAUUUUAUCACAGAAGAUGAGCAAAGUUUCAACCCAUUGGAAUUACUUGCCAUUGUACCAGUUUUGGUUACGUUUGUAUUGAUAACAUACCUAAUAUAUAAAAGGUGUCAGGAUUUCCGGCGGAAAAGUAAAGGUUUUUAAAAAAGGAAUCUUGUGAAAUGAUCCAGUCUCGCAUCUGAAGAGUUUCAAAGGGCAUCACGUCAGCAGGCUUCCGAAGGACAAUGGAUGUUGGUACUAAAGAACAACCUUCUCUCUGUGUUCAUGGUUCAGAAGGCCAUUGCUUCACAUAAUAGGUAUUAGCGAUUAAAAACAAUGAUGGCAUCUCUCUUAGCAUAAUGACUUCAUUUCUGUAAUCACUGUGAUGAAUCCUUGUACUUUUAACACAUCUGCACAGAUCAUCAUCGCAACUCUUUCUGGUCUAACAGAAACUUGCUGGUGUUUAUCCUUUACAGGCAGCUGAAGUUGAAUGUUCUAACAUUGCUUAUCUUAAAUCUUUUGGUGAUUUUUAUCCAAGUAGUGCAUUCACAUGUACGCUUCAAAAAUGAAAAGGACAAAAUGUCACAGCGUGACGCGCACAAAAUGUUGGAUGAACACGGCAGCUCAGGCAGCGUAUCUGGAGAGGAAUGGAUGUUUUGGGCAAAAAAGCAUCAUCGUCCUGAUAACCACCAUCAUCGUAAUGUCGACUGCUUAUUCCUUUGCACUGUUGUUGCCUGACCUGCUGCGUUCCUCCAGAAUUUUGUAUGAGUGUUGCUCUGGAAUUCCAGCAUCUGCAGAAUCUCUUGUGGUUACAAUGUCACAGCAAAUUACUAAUACAUGUAAAUGGAUGUGGUGAUUAAAGUUGAUCCUAGAUGUAUUAAUGUAGCAAUUAACUAGUAACAGAAUUUAAAUAAAUCAAAUGCUUUGUCUCUGUUUUGCUGUUUCUGUUGACAUAUACAUACUUUGAUAAUAAAUUUACUUUGAACUUUGA